CCACGACAGCUGUGAGUCCAGUGUGCCGACAACAUUGUCGGCGUGUUAUAAAUCGUGGCAUGUUUCGAUUAAUGGUAGGGUUGAAAGUACAGUUCCCUCUUUAGUUUUAAUAUGUUACCCCUCCACAGCGGAGAUAAGUACCGGCCAGGAUCAAAGUUAAAAGAAAAUGUGUGUGGCUGGAUCAGAUUGAUCUUUUCGGAAAAAACAUCUCGCCGCUUGUUAGGCUUCCUGUUGUUGAAUUUGUCCUUUGCUUUUGUGGAGCUGCUGUAUGGAAUAUGGACCAACAGUCUGGGCCUGAUAUCAGACUCUUUUCAUAUGUUCUUUGAUUGCACGGCAUUGCUGGCUGGUCUUGUUGCAUCGGUUAUUGCCAGAUGGAGAGCCACUGAAAGUUUUUCAUACGGGUAUGUCCGUGCUGAAAUCUUGGCUGGAUUUGUCAAUGGGCUCUUUCUUCUCUUUAUAGCAUUUUUCAUCUUCUCUGAAGCAGUUGAACGUGCUGUGGAGCCUCCAGAAGUCAAACAUGAACGACUGUUUGUUGUAUCUGUGCUUGGAUUUAUCGUGAAUCUCAUAGGAAUCUUUGCUUUCCAGCACGGUCACUCACACGGUGGAGGAGAUCAUGGUCACUCCCACGGCUUUGGUGGUCAUGGACACAGUCAUGGCGUGGGCCUAGAGGAGUCCCAUGACCACGGUCACAGUCACGGGGAAUCUGACCACGGCCACAGUCAUGGAGGAUCUGACCACGGCCAUAGUCAUGGAGGAUCUGACCACGGCCAUAGUCACGAAGACCACGGCCACAGCCAUGGUGCUGUGGAGAAAAAAGCAACCAACUCUGCCAAAGCAGCGCAGGCUCAGAUCAUGCAGGGAGUGUUCCUUCAUAUUUUGGCUGACACGUUAGGCAGCGUUGGAGUCAUUGUUUCUUCCAUUCUUAUACAUUACUUUGGCUGGAUGAUAGCCGACCCAGUGUGUUCAAUGUUUAUUGCCACUUUGAUUGCAAUAAGUGUACUGCCCUUGCUGCGUGAUUCUAUUGGAGUUCUCAUGCAGCGCACGCCCAGAUCUUUGGAUCAUGUACUUCCUGGGUGUUAUCAGAGGGUUAGCCAGUUAGAAGGGGUAUACAGUGUACAAGAGCCACACUUCUGGACAUUGUGCACUGAUGUUUUCAUAGGCACCAUCAAGCUAGAGGUGGCGCUGAAUGCGGACACAAGAUACAUUCUCAGUCAGACGCACAGUAUUUUUACUCAGAUUGGAGUGAGGCAGCUGUACGUGCAGAUUGACCAUGCUCCAAUGUAAAUAUGUACAGCACACUCUCUGACUCCGCAUGCUGGUCCCUGUGGGCUCUCUGACACCUACAGCACAAGAAACUCAUGAUCUGGGAGAACUACAACAGAAGUUAUGUUGUUUUGGUUGGGGUUGGGUUUUUUUUUACCUGUCCCCUAGGUCGUAUGAUGGCUGGUCAAGAAUUAACCGGAAAAUGGCUGUAAAAUUUAAUGUUUUUGUUAUGUUUGCCCAACAUUCUAUUUAUUUCUCAACAUAGUCUGAAAAGUCGAGAAUUUUCUGCAUCAUUGUAUCCUGAGUAAAAGCUUGCCAUCUCUGUAGAAUGUUGCUUCAAGCGACAGAAGCAUCUCUGAUGUGCUCCACAAGGUUUUCGUCCUCAGUGAUAUUUUCUUCUCAACUAGAUAUUGCUGCACUGGUCCAAACAGAUGGAAGUCUGAAGGGGCAAGAUCUCGAUGUUUUUCUGUACAUUUUAGUCAUCUGUUUAGGAAUUCACCAAGCUGACACUUUUCUGUCGCAUCUCAUUAAAGACCAUUCUGUGAAAGACCAAGGGUUUCAACAAUGUCACACAUUUUUGAGCCUCCGUCACAAGUGUUUUCUUUCAAUGAGUUCAAAAUUUUAUCUGCGCUGGCAGAAAAAUGACGGCCUUUUCUUUUCUCAUCGUGAAAAUUUGUAUGGCAUUCUUUAAAUUAUAAAUUGCACCAGUGGAAGACCCUUGACUUGCCUGAUACAUUCUCCCCAUCACCACUUUCUAGUUGAGUCUGAAUUUCAGUGCUUUUGUGUGAAGAAACUGAAUAGCAACUCUCAUCUCUUCAGACCAAGUUGGUAUAAUGGUUACCAUCUUUGUUAACAUCUAGUGAAAUGGCUGCGUUUAGUUUGUUUGUAUUAAUGAACUACUAAAAACGUUUUACAGAAUUGAAGAAUGUUAGAUAGUUAUUUAAAUAUGGCCAUUUUCCUGUUAAUUCUGAGGUUGCCCUCAUAUUUUGUUAAAGGAAAUACAAGGGUGCUUUUUGAUUAUUGCAAUGAGACAUACUAAAUGUCAAGAGUCGUGAAAUUUAUAAAGAAAAUUUGGAAGAUUUAUGAUUGUUUUCUUUCUAUCGCCACUCAGAUCUUUUGGUGUCAGUUUGAUGCCCCCACACCAGUGAUAGAUUUUGCUGUAUGGUGUUUUCUUUAUCACCUUUUAACACACAUACUUCAUUUGUUCAUGAAAGGGAAUAUGUUUCAAAUUCAUACAGUAAUAAGAAUUGGUGGAACUGAUCUUUGUAGACAUUUUUUGUCAAGUCCUCAUUUUUAUCCGAUAGGAUGUCCCCCUUGUUUUUAAAUAAAGCAAAUUUGCUUUUUUAAUAUUAGCGAUCACAGUUGUGCUAUGAUCGUCGUUCUGCCAUUGAACACCUGUUUGUUUACUGGACAUUGGUAGCUAUUUGUUUAGUUUUCAGUUCACAGGUGGGCUUACACAGGGGACUGAGUGUUUGUUCGCUGUUAACUGUGUGUAUCGUGUUCAACUAUUCUUGAAAUAUUCCCUUUUCAGUUAUUUUUGAUUCUCAAUCAUAAAGUUUCAUAUUUUGAGCUAUCACCUUCCAUUGUCUGUCUGUCCCUAAUUUUAUGAAUAGGCCAACUUUGGGAUCGAGUGAAAUUGUGAAGUUAAACACAUGAGCAUUCAGUAAGUCGAGAGGUUAUUGUGCUGAGAUGUUUAAAUAAACUUCAGAUCCGUAAUCGAAACAUAGAUGAUCGAAAAA